AUGUCAUCAAGAAAAAUUUUUCUCUUGGCUAUUAUUGCCUUCGUUUGUACAAUCUUUAUAAAAUCGGUUCUAACAGCUGAUGUUGGUACCGCUGUCGCUCGAACAUAUGAUUCUGAAUUAACUUGGAAAACCGCUGUUGAUACUGUAUUUACGGCAAUUUUCAACAACGACAACAUCAACCCUGGAAAUGUUUAUCAAUGUAGGUUCAUUAUAGAAGACGAGAAUGAAAGAUUUUUUGAUGAUCUCUCUGAGGAAAUUCAAAGAGGACUUGCUUGGGUCCCUGAAACUGAUACUUCACGUUAUAUUAAUACAAAUUCAAAAUGGAGCGCUGGCGAUGUUGAAGGCAAAUCCUUCCGGAUUGUAUAUCCUGAUGGUUCUAGUGAAGUGGCGCAGAUUUUGGGAGAAGAAAUUUAA